AUGGGAGAUCACACCGAAUAUAUAGCGAAGCACAUUGAUACAGACCUCCACUUCUGGAGACGCCCAGAUGUCGACUUUGCCAACGAUAAACCAGAGGAUAAUAUCAUGUCACAUGAAACGCACCGGGUGCAAAUAGAAGAUAUCCGAGGACAGGAAUCAUCCUACACACUUGACAAGAACGGAUUCGUGUAUCUGUCGCACGAAAUGCCCGAUCUCGACAAGGUUUCGGACAAAGAGCAUACCAAGAAAACCAUCAUCCCCCAGACCGAAGAGUUAGUUCGCAAAAUAACCGGGGCUACUCAGACCGUGACAUUUGUACAUCGGGUACGAUGUCUCGUCGCAGACACAUCCUUGCUCGCUAACAAUUGCGCCCCCGCGCACAACGUGCACUCGGAUUUCACGCCAACAGGUGCACUCCACUACCUGAAGACGGUUGUUCCGGACGAGCAGGAGCGCAACCGACUCCUCGCUGGCCGGGUCUUGAUUAUCAAUGUCUGGCGGCCGUUACAGACUAUUCAGCGAGAUCCUCUCACGGUUUGUGAUUGGAGUUCCGUUAAUAUCCAAGAUGAGGGUGUUCCCACUCGUUUAAAGCUGUCAAGUGGGUGGAAUGAACUCGGUCGGUAUGCGUUUAGUCCGAGUCAGAGAUGGUGUUAUCUCAACGGUCAACAACCCAAUGAGCCUCUCCUCUUCACGCAAUUUGAUAGCUCCAAAAUGGACAAGGGAGGCUUCACAGUACCGCAUACUGCAUUUGUUGACCCGGAAUAUAGUGCCUCUGCUGCAAGGGAGAGUCUAGAAAUCAAGAUGUUUGCAUUUGUUUAG